ACUGUGACUAUUGGGCCUUAAUCCCGACUGGUAACACUGCGCUACCCUUCAACAAAACAUUUUUAUUGCGGCUUUUUAUAAACAAUUUUGUAAAAGAAAUGGAAGAUAUAUUAAAUAAACAGUUUGAUCAGUUGCAAAAGGCGAUCGACGGUAUUAUGGAUCUGAAGGCAAAGGGGCAGUCCUCAGAGGAAGCGCGCACGUCGGCCACUUUGAUGUUUGUGGCUCUGAAGCACGCGAAUCGGGAGGUGAAGCAAAAGAUCAAGGCUGGACGGGACAAGCUGCACCUGGAGAAGAACAAGGUGGACCUUAGCAGACUGCAGUUGCAGAACCUGCUGUACGAAGUGAGCCACCUGAAGAAAGAGAUCAUCCGCUGCCAAAAGUUCAAAAGUCGCGACACCCACCUGGAACUGCUUUCGGAGGGUGACUACGCAGAUAGGCUUCCCAACCUACCAGCCGCCAAGGAAGACAUGUCAAGCCAUAAGAAGCAUCUGCAUCGGUUGGAGUGCGAGCUGCGACUUCGAAAGGAUCUCGACAAACAGUACAGUGCACUGCUGAACUCCAAACAGGAGCUGUUGCAAGACAAUCUAAGCCAGACCCAGCGGUACAUCUCUUUUGCACCUGCUUUGCGCACUUUGCUGGGUGCCACGCAGCCACUGCACGAUGCCCUGCAGCUAUCUCUAGACGUGGAGUGGAAGCUUAGUGCCGUGGUCAAGUACCUGCCGAAACCCCUGUACAUCCUGUUUAUCAACCUGCAAUCGAUUCAACGCAUUAGCGACGAUCACACGUUUGCCUCCGAAGUAGUGGGCUAUGAAAGUGAAGCUCAAAUGCAGGAUUUGUUGAAGGAAAAGCGCUCUGCUUCCUUGCAGCGGUUGAAGGCGGAAGAUGAAAUGGAUGAAUCGUCAAAAAGUACCUUGGACAAGGCAUUGCUUCCUCAUCCUCUGCAUAUUCGAAUCACGAUUGGCGCGGCUGGCUCCAACCAAUUAAUUCUUUUGAUUCGUUAUUUUGAGCUUAUUAAAUGCGCCGCAGUCUGGGCUCAAAUGAACCUUGCGGGUAACAAUGGCGGGGAUACCAACUUUGUCCACAACAUUUUGAGGCAUUUAUACGCCAACGAUUUGGGCAACGAAAUACCCAUUCCAGGCAUGCAGUAUGAGCUACAGAAUUCUAAUAUAUCCGCCGAGGAAUGUCUGGCGCAUUUGGAGGCCAAGGACUUUGGAAAACCCUAUUGCUGGUUGCAAGGAAUGUGCUCUAUUCCCACGGUCAAUAGUUCGAUGGUGUACAACCACGAGUUGAAUUUGAACAAAAACACGCGGGAAAUCAUUGCCCGCAUCUCCAGCCGGUGGAACUCUUGGCUGAAGCUGAGUCAGCAGAUUCGAGGUCUGAUGUACAAGGAUGUCGAUCUAUACACUUUGAAGGAGAACAUUUACCCCGCCGGCUUGUCGUGCAGUCUUGUACAAUGGACUGUCAUUACAUUGGAGGAAUUUCAUGCUCAAAACUCGGAUGUUCUGAAGAUUUCCUCAGACGACAAGGGUGUAACUUACAGCAUAUAUCGGGCUGUAAUUGUUCGAGGAUCUGCGAAAAUGGAGUGUUUUAUCAGGGUCCCUAGCAAUUACCCUUUGGAAAUACCACUUUGGAUUUUAAAUGUGCAUUGGAACGGCUGUCAUACAUCCCAAAACAAUUCCGCCAUCAAGAUGAUGGAGUUCUGGACCAACUCCCUACAGCCCACGCAACUAGAGGAUAACGAGCGCAUUCUGUAUGCUCAACUCUUCCGAACUAUAUACAGCUUUGAUAUAUUUCUGGAGACAGAGGGCUCCAUUCAAAGCACAAUCGAGUACAACAAGGAAAAGCCAUACAUUAGUGCUUUUGCAAAGCGGAGUCGUGCGCGCCCAUAUAAGUACUUUAAAAAGGGAUCGGUGUACGCCUUCAAACAGUGAUGUGUUCAAACAGAGUUUUUUUUGUGCGGUUACUAAACAAUUUCACAGUUGCUGUUUAUUACGUUUAGUAAUACAAUAAAUAAGUAACAUUUAAA